GUUUUAAAAACCCUAGCUACUAUAAACAACCCUAACUUCUAAAUUUCCAGCCAAAAAAAUAAUAAUUCAGCGAAGCAAAAAUGGAAGUUCAAGCUUCUAAUUCAGCUGAAAUUAGCAAGAACGCUAUGAAGAAGGAGAUUAAAAUGGUACGGAAGGCGGAAGAGAGACGCCGCAAGGAAGCGGCGAAGGAUAAUCAGGCUGCGAGUGAUGCUAACCUAGGUCAGAAAUCCGCAGCGGCCGCCGAUGAAAUUAUGGAUCCUACGCAAUAUUCUGAAAGUAGGAAAGCCUACCUGGCUUCUCAGAAGGCUGAAGGAGUAAAUCCCUAUCCUAAUGAGAUCUUUGUUACCUUGUGUGCAAAAGAGUACACCGACAAGUAUGGAGGAUUACGCGUCGGAGAGAAUCUUGAGGAUGUCACCGCAUCUUUGGCUGGACGUAUCAUCAAGACUCGAUCAUCCUCUGCAAAACUUGUGUUUUAUGAUUUGCAUCGCAAUGGUGUUAAGGUCCAAGUUGUGACCAAUUGGAGAAAAUCAGGCAUGGAAGUCGAUGAAUUUUCUAGGCUCCAUUCUAACGUAAAGCCUGGUGAUAUUGUUGGUGUCAUUGGCUAUCCAGGAAAAACUAAUAGUGGAGAGUUAAGUCUCUUCGCUACAUGUUUUGUGAUUCUAUCUCCGUGUCUUCAUAUGACACAAAAGGAGAAGGCCAGUCCUAGUGGAUUCAAUGCCAAUAUUUGGGUCCCAGGAUGUUCCAGGAAUCCCAGUGCAUAUAUUUUAAAAGAUCAGGAAACUCGUUAUCGUCAACGCUAUCUAGAUCUAAUGCUGAACCAGGAGGUUCUACGGAUAUUUGUGACCAGAUUUAGGAUCAUAACACACAUUAGAAGCUUUCUUAACGGUCUUAAUUUCAUAGAGGUCGAGACGCCCAUUUUGAACACAAUUGCUGGUGGAGCUACUGCUCGCCCUUUUGCGACUUAUCACAAUGAUCUCAGCAUGCCGAUGUUUAUGCGAAUUGCUCCCGAGCUUCGCCUUAAAGAGUUGAUUAUUGGUGGAUAUGAUGGUGUUUAUGAAAUAGGAAAACAGUUCAGGAAUGAGGGUAUUGAUUUAACUCACAAUCCUGAAUUUACAACCUGUGAGUUUUAUAAGGCCUAUGCUGACUGUAAUGUCAUGCUAGAACUAACAGAGAAAUUAUUGAGUGGAAUGGUGAAGGAGAUUACGGGUGGCUACAAGAUUAAAUAUCACGCGAAUGGACUUGACAAUGAUCCAAUCGAGAUUGACUUUACACCACCUUUUAGACAAAUCGACAUGAUUACUGAGUUGGAGAAAAUGGCCAAUCUAAACAUACCAACGGAUCUUGCCAGUGAUGAAGCUAAUGACUAUCUUAUCGCCGCAUGUCGGAGGCUUGAAGUCAAGUGUUCUCCUCCACAAACAACUGCCCGCCUGUUGGAUAAACUGGUUGGGCAUUUUCUAGAAGAGACCUGUGUUAAUCCUACUUUUAUCAUGAACCAUCCGGUAAUCAUGAGUCCUUUGGCAAAAGAGCAUAGAUCAAGACCAGGCUUGACUGAGCGUUUUGAAUUGUUUGUAAACAAGCAUGAGCUUUGCAAUGGUUACACGGAGUUGAAUGACCCUCACAUACAACGUGAGCGAUUUGCUCAACAACAGAAGGACCGGCAAUCAGGUGAUGAUGAAGCUAUGCCUAUGGAUGAAGGAUUCUGCACUGCUCUUGAGUACGGGUUACCUCCAACUGGUGGCUGCGGAAUUGGCAUUGAUCGACUAACUAUGAUAUUAACCGAUUCUCAGAAUAUCAAGGACGUAAUACUAUUCCCAACCAUGAAGCCUCAAGAUGAACAUCCUGCCAAAGAAAAGUGUAAUGCGCAAACAGUUAGUUGCGAAGAAGAAAGAGAGACGACGGAAGAAAAAUGCAGUAGCUGCGAAGAAGCAAGAGAGAGAGCAGAGCAAGCGGAAGCCGAAUUAGCAGAGCAGCAUAAACUUCUCGUGGAGGAGCGUGAAGUUUCAGCUUUAUUAAAGAAAAAACUAGCAUUAUGGGAGAGCCGAGCUCGAGAACUCGGUUUUGAAGAGAGCAUAUGAAGAGUACAUUUUUUAGAUUUGAUAUUUCAUGACCUUAAACAAUAGAAUAAGUGACAUGUAUAAACUAUCUCUGUGUAUAUAAUCAUAAUCAUAUUUUUCAAACCUACUUGUUUUAUUCGAGAUUUUAAAAAAGUGAGAUUAAAGGGGUUAAAGUUUUAUGCAAAAAAUGAAUAAUAAAUUUUUUAUGUUUUGGUUA